AUGAGUUCAGCUGAUCGUUCAAUAUCAUCUGGGUUUCCAAUACCUCAGUGGAUGAAAUCUAAAAUAAACGAUCGAUAUGACCUAGACCAACCAUCAUUUUCUCCAGAAGAAACAGAUGACAGCUUUUUUUUGGUUCGUUAUUUAAAACCAGACAAAGUAAAUCAAAAACGCGGCGAUAUCACUAAAAAUAAACCAACUGAAGAAAAUUUAGCAGAAAAAACAGUUCAAAAUUUAAAAAAUAUGCCUCCAGCAUUAAUUGUUACGGAAACACCAGAAUUUAAAGGACAUACGCUUGCUUGUCAACGCUUCAUUACAAAUACUUGUGCUGAUGCAGUAGCAGCUGCAAGUUUGGGUGAAAAUAUAACUGACCCUCCAAAGUCAUUAGGGAUUGAUGAUGGUUUUAAAAGUGGAGCUUCCGAAUGUGGUAAAUCUAUUGUGGCUAUGGCGCAUCAAAUGGUGUCUGGACGGAGAGCAUAUCAAGGACGUUCUUCGGGUCCUCAAGAUAUUCUUGUCGUAGGACCGUCACCAUCAAUGUUAUCCAAACGACGGAACAGCAAAUCGCUCCCAGCAAGUCCCAUAAGUUCACCACCUGGAUCACCCCGGUCGAUGCGUAAAAAUCCGUAUUUCACAGCACCAUUUCAAGAAGAACCAUCUGGAGAUAAACAUGGCUCAUCGUGGAUAUUAUCAAACUUAUUUUCACACAGAGCUGAUUCACAAGAAGAAUUAUCUGAUAAAGAAUCUAAGCGAUUCCCUAAACCAUUGUCUUCCACCAAUUUAUCCGUAAAACCCAAACCUACAGAGCUGAGAGAGAUGAAUUUCUGGACACCUACAUCAAUGUAA